AUGUCCUCAUCCGCUGAGGUAUCACUACCAGUGCCUGCGUCGAGCGUAGCUGAAAAAUUGUCGCAGAAGCUGAGCAAUCGUGACGAGUUUUUUGUCACUGUCAACAUCGUCGGCGUCUCUUUGCAUUGUGUGGUGAACCCUCAAUGGCCGUGUGAAGCGAUUCUUCAAGUGGCAACUGAAGCAUAUCAUGCUGCAUUUGCUAAUAGUGAAGUGCCAGAAUGCAAUGUAGUUUUUCAUCGCACGAAGCAGGAAUAUCUGGUGGCUGGAACAUCAAUCAACGAAUGUUGUGCUAGAGGCGACGAACUGGAGCUGGGUGUCGCAUUUUCUGCUCAUAAUAGUGGUCGAGUUGAUAUGAAUCCGUCCGAUGCUUUUUGUAGCGAUAGCACAGUGGAUAGCGACGGUGAGAUGAGUGAAUUUUGUGUGCUUUUUCACAAACUGCCAUUGGGGUUUACAAUGAAACGUGGCAAUGAUGGCAGCACCGAAGUAGGAACCAUUUACCCUAGAAGUGUGGCGACGCAUUUUCCACGAUUAUCACCCGGCGUGACUAUCGUGAACAUUGCGGGAACGCCGCUCCAGGAUAUGGGACUUCGUCAAGUGCACGAUCUCAUUAAGAACGCCAAGCUUCCGCUGGAUAUCCACUUUCGGGGUUGCGCGUUGCUGUCAUCCUUGUCGUUGUCGCCUGAGUUAAUACAAGAUACACACAUGUCAGCUUUACGACCGUCCGCAGCAUCGUCUGCUGCGCCGUUAAUUUGUACCAAUAAACAGGGAGGGCAUCCCAGAGGGCCUGGUGAUCGCCUCAGUAUGCGGAGCAAUGGAAGCAAUGGAAGUGGUUGCAGUCGCAACAGUCGUGGUAGUGGACGGGGAAAGAAGAAAGCUGGCAAUUUUGUUCAACAACGGAGCAUUGACAGCCAGCAUAGGAGUAGCGAAUCGCACAUACAACUGCCUGAUACUGACGUGAACAGCCAUCACGGGCGAAAAAAAGACGAGGCUAGUCAUGCUACUGAAGCUGAUCUUAUCACGCAACUUGAGAAUCUCAAGGUGGCACUACUGCGCAAGCACGAAGAAGCCAAGCAAAUUGCGCGUCAGCUUGAAUCUUGUUCCGAGAAGCUACUAACUCUCCGUGGUAAAUCUGAUGGUACUCAAAAGCAGCAGCAGCAAAAGCAGCAAUCGAAGCAAAAUGGCACGACUUCUUUGCAUCGUGCGGCAACAAUUUCAGCCCAUAGUGGCGGAUCCAAGAUUCGGCUAACGCCUGAGGUUCUGGAGGCAAUAGACCAAACAGCUGGGCUUCCUCGACGUGGCACGGGGGCCUACACUUCAUCAAAUGCGUCAUCUAUCUCGAGAUAUUCAGCACAAUCUAUGCCUGCAGCUCGUUCUGCGAAUGUGCGUGCGCGCAGUGCUCGCGCUGCGACUAUCGCAAUUGCUGACAACGUGUCAGUAUCGUCUUGCACGUCGAAUACAUCGAACACAUCGAGCAUAUCUGCUCGCCGAAGAGGAAAGCUCUCACCGCGCGGCACCGCGCUUCACAAUCUGAACAAACGGUACAACUAUAUGCCGCAGAAGUAUGCAACAAACACAACAAAUACUUUUGAGGCUGGGUCCACUUCACUGUCAUCCCGUGGAGCCGUAAUGCCGCGUGCACGAAUGUCGCGUGAUUCAUUCAUUGCCAAGAGCGAGAGUCCAGGUGUUGGUUACUAUGACGUGAAGGUAAAUGACCGCGUUAAGGGCGGCGAAAUUGGCGAUUCUGACCGCUCAUUGCCUUGGUCUUGA